GCUAUCAAAGCGUGCGCAGGAAUAGGAGCCAUUACAUUCCAACCGCUUUAAAGAACGAUUUAGUGUUUCAACUGUUUUAGUGGUGAAUCUCAGAAAAACAAGCUAUUUUUUUCAAAAUGAAGAAUGUUUCGAAAUCUUCUCGCGCCGGGCUUACGUUCAGCGUCAGUAGAGUCGCGUCGUAUUUGCGCAAGGGAAAGUAUGCCAAACGCAUCGGUGCCGGGUCCUCCGUCUACAUGACGGCCGUACUGGAGUACCUCGCGGCGGAAGUGCUUGAACUAUCCGGAAAUGCGGCCCGUGACAACCGCAAGUCUCGACUUACACCGCGACACAUCCAACUCGCAAUCCGCAACGAUGAGGAACUCAACAAACUUCUCCAAGGAACCACCAUCUCCCAGGGAGGCGUAAUGCCAAAUAUUCAUGCAGUUCUGCUGCCAAAAAAUACCGCCACAAACAAAUCUAAACCAGUUGGGCAAAGCCAGGAGUACUGA